UAUAUAAUGCAACUACUCGACCUACUGUGUUGUGCAUAAUAUUAACCCAUUUCACUUCCACAACCAAUAAGUUGAACAAUGUCAGUCAAUCUGUUCUUCGUCGUCACAGUCAUUUCUUAUCAAACUGUGUAUGCAGUUGUGAACAACCCUACAACAACUGAGUUCAAUAACAAUACCAGCGCAUCGAAUAAAUCAUCAAGUCUACUGAAUUGGAGAAAUACAAUCUCACAAUGUGUUCGAUUGUAUAUGGAACCAAAUCAACUUGGUGAUUGGUUCGAUAUAUGUGAUAGUAAUGAGCUGCUCUCAUCAACAUGUGUUUGGAGGAUAAAAUCGAUUUGUACACCUGGAAAUACGAAUACAUUCAGAAAAACAUAUUGGUUAAUAUAUGAACGAUCUCAUUUCGCAGGACCUUACAUACUACUCAGUGCCAGUAAAUGUAUUGACGAUAUAAAUCAGUAUAAACUUUCGGCAACUAUGUCAAUACUGAUCUGUGUAGAGAAACUAACGACAAAAUGGGAUGUGUUUGUUUCUUGUCAAUAUCCAAAACGACCAUGGAGGGAAUUUUUCCCAGUAAACUGGCACUCUGAUUAUAAAGUCAUAUCUAAAUCUGGGACGGAAUCAGCUGAUGAAGCAGAAGCUUCCUCACUGGAAGAAAUAGAAAGUUUGGUAGAUCUACAGAAGAACAGUGUCAACAAUAAAUAAUUACAAGUACAA